AUGACCUUCCAGAGUGUCCUCAGACUGUCCCUGGACAGCCCCACCCAAGCCAUCUGCGUGGUGGGCAUGGAACUCACCUUGGACAUCAGUGGGUGUGCACCCAAGAAUUGCGAAUCCUUCACUAUCCGUGGCUCCCCAAGGGUGUUGAUCCACCUCUCCAGCGCUGUCAUUACCGGGGAGGAGGGCGGUGUGGUGUGGCGGCCGCUGAUGCAACCCACAGAGGCCCUAGUGAGGAUGGUGUCGCCCAGCCCAACCAUAAACGAGGACAAGGUGCUGAUCUCCUACUACUCUCCCGAUAAAGAGGUACCCCUGGCCACAGCUGUGCUAUUACUCACCGGCAUUGAGGUCUCCCUGGAGGCAGACAUCUAUCGAGAUGGACAGAUGGACAUGCCAAGUGACAAGCAGGCUAAGAAAAGAUGGGUGUGGGGCCCAAACGGCUGGGGCGCCAUCCUGUUUGUGGUUUGUAAUCCCAGUAAUGCAAAAGUGCCUGAUGACCAGUCCAGCCCUGAGAUGACCCCCAAAGAAAUACAGAACCUGUCUCAGAUGACCCUGAUUGUAGAGGGCCCCAACCAAAUCCUGAAGGACUACCGCCUGGUCCUCCAUACCUCCGAGGAAGAGGCGAAGAAGGCCAGAGUCUACUGGGGCCAAAAAGCCUUACCUUCUCUCUUUGUACCGGUAUUGGGACCUGACAAGCCCUUCUAUGAACUGGACCCCUUAAAGAACCAAGGCAAAGAGACUUUCUACAUAGAAGCCAUGGAGUUCCCAUCUGCCACCUUCUCCGGCCUGAUCUCCUUCUCUGUCUCCCUAGUGGAAAAGGCUCUUGAUAAGUCACUCCCAGAGCUGCCACUGUACAAAGACACUGUGGUGUUCCGGGUGGCACCUUAUAUCUUCACGCCCAACACCCAAGUGCCCCUGGAGAUUUACCUGUGCAGGGAGCUGCAGCUGCAGGGCUUCGUGGACACAGUAAUAAAACUGAGCGAGAAGAGCACCGUGCAGAUGGCAACUGUCUAUGAGGACCCCAAGCGCCAGGGCAAAUGGCUCCAGGAUGAGAUGGCUUUCUGCUAUACUCAGGCUCCCCACAAGACCAUCUCCUUGCUUCUCGACACCCCUCGGGUUCCCAAUCUGGACGAAUUCCCCAUGAAGUACUCACUGAGUCCUGGACUUGGCUACCUGAUCCGCCCAGCCAAGGACCACCGAGUGGCGAGCCUGGAUUCCAUCGGGAACCUGAUGGUGUCCCCGCCCGUCAAGGCCCAAGGCAAAACCUACCCGCUAGGUCGGGUCCUCAUUGGUGGCAGCUAUUACCCAAGCGAAGAGAGCCGGAACAUGAGCAGGGACCUGCUAGACUUCGUGUAUGCCCAGCAGGUGCAGGCACCCGUGGAACUCUUCUCAGACUGGCUGAUGACCGGCCACGUGGAUGAGUUCCUGUGCUUCGUCCCUGUAAAUGACACACAUGAUGACGGGAAGGGCUUCCGCCUGCUGCUGGCCAGCCCCAGUGCCUGUUUUGAGCUGUUUGAACAGAAACACAAAGAGGGCCACAAAGAUGUAACCCUGUUUGAAGGCAUCAGAGCGGAACAGCUGUUUUCUAAUGGGAGGGAAGUCAGAACUAUUGCCCAGAUCCUGGCUGACGAGACCUUACGAAAGCAGAACGACUAUGUGGAGAGGUGCAUCAGCCUGAACCGCACCCUCCUGAAGAAGGAGCUGGGACUGGUGGACAAGGACAUUAUUGCCAUCCCGCAGCUCUUCUGCCUAGAGCAGCUGACAAACGUCCCCUCCAACCAGCAGACCUCAAAACUCUUCGCGAGGCCAUACUUCCCCAACAUGCUGCAGAUGAUCGUGUUGGACAAGAAUCUUGGAAUCCCCAAGCCCUUUGGGCCCCGAAUCAAGGGCACCUGCUGCCUGGAAGAAGCCGUCUGCGGAUUACUGGAGCCCCUGGGUCUCAAGUGCACGUUCAUUGAUGACUUUGACUGCUACCUGACCAACCUGGGAGACGCCUGCUCCUGUGCCAUCGUAAAGCGAGUGCCAUUUGCAUUCAAGUGGUGGAAGAUGGUUCCCUAA